CAUUUUAAACUUUAUUUUUAUGGUAAUAUAAACUUACAGGUGAUUUGCGUUGAAAAAAAUCGUCUUUGUUCGAACGGUUAGAUUUAACACAUCUACCCAUAAGUACCUGUCUAGACCAAUAUUAUUCUCAUUGUGAUUUCGCUCUCAGGUGCUCUCGUCAACGCUAAAACCGAACGUCUUGUGCAGACCUGCCACUCAGGAAGUUAACUGCCGCAACCUUCCAAAACAUAUGCCAAGUCCUGCCCUUGUUUUCGUUUUUCUAAUUGCCAUUUGUGUUUCAAUACUUACGCGCUUUCCAAUGCAAUUGAAAUGUCUAAUGAUUUAUUAAACAUUUCCAUAAAUUCAAUGCGCUUUCAGGCUUUCAAUCCAGAAGCAGGAAUUUAACGGAAGAACUUUCGGGCGGUGUUCGGCACUGUUUUACUCCAACUUCCUUCUUAAUUUUUAAACUCUUACACACAAAUUUUACUUUGACAGGCACCUUCAAACUUAAGAUCAAAUCUGCCCAAUAACGAAUAAAUUUGGAAUUUAUUUUUUCGAUGUUAAUUUGAGUACAACUUUUUCUUAACAAGUCACCGAAAUUACUCAAAUAUUUCGCGCCAUUUGUCGCCGGAAGAUCCCGCCUGUCCCCAUCAAAAAUAGGUCACUGUUGCUAUUGCCAACAAUUCAAGAUCUAGUGUUUUUGCACAUUUUGUCUGUACCUAAAAAACAGCUCAUAAACAUCGUAAUGAAUUUGGGGAUUUUAAAAAGCAAUAAAGGGAACCUGAAAAUGCAUUUUAGGCCCCCAGGAGACUUUAACGGAAAUCGCACAUUGCCAGGCCCAUCACCUUGUUUUAAAGCGAAAGCUGAAAACUGGCGGGAAAAGAAAACUAUCUUCACACAUUAUGAAUGACUUGAACCAAGUUUCAUUCUAGAAGGAAAUAUUUGCUCUGGAAAAGUUUCCUGUUUCGCUGUUUCGCUGUUUCCAUCUCCACCAGAAUGUACAAUGCAUUGAUAGUAACCAUGCGGGGGUGGGGUUGACGUUCGCGAGGCGCUAAUGUUUCUCGUUGAACUGUUGCGCCAAUUUGUUUACAGCAAGGGGGUAAAUUGGCUGCGAAAAAUUGAGGGUGAAGCUGACUGUGGCCCUAGGCCACUCGUAAUUCACUAAUUCCACAAAACUUCCUCCUUGUCAUUUACUACCUCAUAUUAAAUCAAAUUUUUCUGCACGGACUCCGAUUAGGGGUUUCAGAAAUAUUUCUGGUACCACGACCUUAACCAUAACCAAAGCUUGGGAACACAUUUUUGAUCCCUUCCUUGGCCACGUCAUUGGCUGCAAUAGGGUUUUUACCCCGGCAUUUGAUGAAUUUGAUUGGUUUUUGCAAAGCGUGUUCGUAUUUGAACCGGCUGACCUUCUCUUUGCACUGAAGCCGCUGCGGCCGGGUAACCACGUCUGGACGGGCCAUAACGCCCGCAACUUUCAUUUCUCCAAUAUAAUUUCAGCUCUAGCUCCAUAUCUAGCAGGUUGAAUAUAUGUCAUUAUUACUUUCGUUUUCACCUUUAGCCUGGAAUGUUAUCUUGAACUGUUCAUGAACUUCCGUUCUCAAUUGUCCGUCCGCUUGACCACUCUCUUUCGCCCGCCCGCUUACAUAUAAUUUUUAGACCGCCAGACAUGUUAUAUUCUCCGCUCAUUGGUUUUACAAAAAGUUAAUUUCUGAAUUUUGGUUGCAGUAAAUGGAGAGAGCGUUUUGAGUUCUGUCUGUUUCUCUAGACAAUCAACCUUUCACGGGAUGAGCUGCCACUCGAAGAACAGAGCGGAAUUUUUAAAAGCUAAAUAGAUUUACAAAACCUUGGAAGAACAUUGUUUUUUCAUUUUAUAAAGCCACAGAAGUACAGAAUCCAAUAAUACACACUACUAACGAGAAUGCCGAGCAGAGUAACGAUUUUGCAGUUUUCCUUUUUCAUUACUAGGAUGGCCAAAAAUUUAGGAAACUUUAGUACUAGGCUCAGUAAAAAUUAAGAAAUUGUAAAAUUUCCAUUUUUAAAAAAAGAUUCAAAAAGUUUCAUCUUGUUUUCUCGUGACGAUCCGCGUUUACAUUCUUCCAAAAAUGCUUAACGUCGAACAAUAAGGCAAAUUUAUGUCCCUAAAAUGAAAAACUAAAUAAGAAACUUUGAGUACUAAAGCGCCAAAAUUUGGAUCCUAAUUAAGAAACGUUUAGUAUUUAGUGCUUAUCCUAGUGUCUUACAAAUAGAAUAGCGUUUAUGUUUCUGUUACAAAUCAUUUAUUCAGUAACUUCUUGCACUUCAGUUCUCAAUCUCUACCACCGUCACUUCCUCUCGCGUUUUUCUUCCCUUUCUCUGAUAACUCGAAAUUAAAAUAACUAGGUUUCAGUUCUCUCGCAUCUCAACAAUGUUUCUUGCAGAGUUUAUCUUGGACAGAACGUGCCUCGCUCUAUUGAUUUCAUUACGUCAUGGAUAAUUAGCAUACAUUGUAUUCUAGCCUCAGUUUAAAUACUUUACCCCUUCGAAACAAGACGUCUGACGUUGCGUGAAACUUGCCCCCCUUCAACCCUAACUUUUACGCUCCUCGGACUUUUCUAAGUAACAGUAAAUGCUUGGUAUUGUUCCUAACAUCCCUGCGAUUUCAGCUCUUUGGUAUUGAACGUUGCAUUGCCAUAAGGUUUUGAUAGGCCGGUACAUAAUGUUGCUAGGAAGCCCAUUGGGUUGUUUCAAAAAUUUCACUUAGAAUUACUUUCCUUCAUUUAUGUGCUUGAUUGAGAAUAUCUUCAAAUCUCUUUGUCGUGUUUAGGUUUUCUUAGACUCGCAUUUCAGAUAUCUUAGACCAUUUUAAGGUGGGGAAGGCAAACCAGUGCAUCUUUAUUUUCAGCAAACAAAUUAUGAAAAUUUUUCCGGGUUUGAGCUUUGCGUAUGAAAAUAUUUUGGGAUUAUUUCUUUGUGAACAUUCAAAGACUAGUAAUUAACUUCUCUCAAUCAAGGUAAAGGAGUUAUUGCUUACAUAGCAUUUUUUUGAACUGACGUCACUCGUUUUAUUGCUACGUAUGACUAACGCGAACAUGUAUUGUUCCGUCCACAGCAGUAUUGUUCCGUUUCCAUUUUUUCAAAGUUUAUGUGUAUUUCUUUCCCAUAGUGUUAAGCGUGCAAACUUAUUUUUGAGGUAUACUAUUACUCCGUUGUUUAUUAAAGCUAGGCCUAAUUUCGUUCGACCUGUCUUGUUUAAGAUUUUAACCGCUUGAACUGUCCAUCAUUAACCAAAUGUUUGUUAAACUUAGGCCUACCGUCCUUUUCGGGGGUUGAGCGUGUUAUAUAUCUUUUCAAUCAGCCACUUUGAGGUUCGUGUCGGAACAAGAUUCUCUUGGCUUUUGCCCAUAAGUUGAUUACUGAUUUUUAAAGUGCCUGUCACUGUCCAAUUUCUUUGAAAGAUCCUGGUUCUGCACAAAAGGUUUCCUUUGUAUUGUUCGUCUGCUAAAUGAAAUCAUAAACAAGCAAUAUCUGCUUCGUACAUCGACGGCAUGUAUGGUAUCUUAAUACUCAUAGUGGUUGGUCUUUUUAAUAGGACGAAAUUCUUUUUAAAUCUUGAUUAGGCUCAGUUGCGUUUCCCUUUUCAGCUCUCAACUGGAUUUUUAUCGGGUUGAAUAUUGAAAGGGGCUUUUUCGAGCUAAAGCUAUUUAAAGAACGAUUCGUACUUUAACGAAUGCGCUCUCCAUGAUGCAGAAUCCCAUCUAAUGGCAUGCCAAUGGAGAAGGACUAUAUAACCCUAGUUGAUAUAUAUAUAUAUGUUGUAAGUAACAAUCGUACUGUGAAAUUCAAUUCUCAUAGCAUUGCGUGAUAAGUUGCUAGAACUAAAAGAGGUGCUAUAAAUACGCCCCCCUCCCUUGCAAACGAAACGAUUUUCGUCCCAAAAUCUUCGAAGUCUUUCACAUAUCCGAAGAAAAUUGUGGGGAGGAUGUUACAACAGUGUAUUCUUUCAUAGAACCAUAUGCUUUAAUACUUGCUUUGAGCUAGCGUAUCAAAAGAUGAAGUCUUUGGCAAGGAACACGAUUUCAAUUAGCCUGUUAGCAGUUGCCUUUACCUCCGAGCAGACAACAGUUUACGUGAUUUGAGAACUUCUCCAGAGAGUGGCGCGGUGCGGAGAAGGGAAGGCGGUUUUCCUAUUUCGCCGUACCCAGCACAGUACUCUGGGUACAGCGUCUUUCCGAACACACUUUCGAGAGCUUUUUCUUCACACUGAGGCCCUGUUCUACUGACCUAGCUGAAAGUAAAAUCGGAAAGACAAUUAUCCAUUUUGCAAUGGAGCCAUGGAAACACUCAAUGAAAUAGGUAUAUGUUGUCAUAACCAGACUCACUUAGAUUUACAGCAGCUAAAAAUGCCUCAGUCUUUCCAUCUUCUAUAUUUUUCAGCUCUGUCAAAACUAGUAUUGAAAUUCAGCGCCAAAAUCUUUGCAAAAUGUUGUUGUUGUUGCUGCGUAACACCCAGGAUAGCAAAAUUGGCGUUUUCAUUGAAAUGAUUCGCUUUUACGAUUAUCCGUCCACUAAGAAUGCACUCAAGAUUGUUCUGUUAUCCGUUCCGUUCUUAAGAUUACACUGCCGUGAAACGCAAGGUGGAUUUCCAUAAUUUUUUAUUCGUUUUCAUUGAUACCUGGCUCAUUAAAAACGUGACCUGGCGUUUGGACUUCAUUCUCAGGGAAAAUCCAGCCCAGAAGAACAUUACGAGAAAAUAAUAAUCACUGGUCGUCAGUGAUUCGUAGUCAAAUGUUCGCGCAGUGUUUGGAUCCUUAGAUCAGACCUGAAUAGAAUGACGUGCCAUACGACGCGAAGAAGAUACACACUUUAAGUUGAGGAAAAAGAGGAGUAAAUUCGACAUUCUCUCUUGAAAUAGCUAUGACAGGGGCAAGACGAUCAGUUCAUCUGUGGGAGUUUCUUUUAGAGUUACUAAUGGACGAUACUUGCAUCUCAUUAAUCGAGUGGACGGAUGAAUCAAAUGGAGAAUUUAAAUUGAACGACAGCGAAGAGGUUGCUCGUCGAUGGGGACAUCGUAAGCACAAGGAAGGCAUGAACUACGACAAACUCAGUCGCGCCCUAAGAUAUUAUUAUAGUAAAAACAUCAUCAAGAAGGUGAAUGGCAAGCGAUUUGUUUACAAAUUUGUACCAACAAAUGAGAUUCGAGCAGCACUAUCAAGCAUGCGUAAUGAAAAGAUUCGAAGAUCUGUCCCUGUUUACGACCCUGACUUGAGCCCACCCAUGGCUGCUGAAUCUUCACCAGACCUCAAAGAGAAACAUUACAGGAUCUUUCGACCUUCACCAAUCAUGACGACAGAGGAUCAAUCUCCAAAGCGAGCAAAACUGUCGCCAAUGUUCCCAGAGAGAACAGCUUAUCAGGAGCGGCGGUAUCAUGAAGUGGAACGUUCUGUUUGCAAUUCAAACCAAUGUGGAGGGAAUUGUGAAAUCGAUUCUCGCUGUUUACGUGAUGGCAGAGUCAGCCCUGGGAUUGCUCCUUGUAUGAUUCGACGAGAGGUUACUGAAGAAAGAUGCAUUCUGGGAAAGGAUUGCCCAGGCAGUAGCUGUCCGUACGCGAUUUCGAGUGAAAGAUCGCCAACCAACGCAGUCUUCAUUACAAUGCCACGUCUCCCUCGUCAUCUACAAGUGUUGCCUCCUCCACAAAGCUACCCAGUCACAGCUGCCCAUGUCGAAGAAAGCUAUGCCUAUUUACCCCGUAAAAGAAUGGUCAAUGCUGGCACGCAAACGUCUCCUGAAUUGUUAAAAGAUUUGUUGAAAAUAAAAAGGGAACCAGAAGAAGACAUUGCCCAGAACUGUAGUCAAUGCAACUGCAACUGUAAUGGUGAAUACAGGUCACAAAUUGUUGUGUUUAGAGACAGUAAAGUAGCCAGUGUAGCAGUGUAGAAUUAAGCUUUCAAUGGUGCAAGAUAUUUGUGCCUUUUUGUUUAUAUUUGUGUUUUGUUCGGAUUUUUUUAGUUUUUUCCAUGAAUGUGAUUUUAGUAUUUAAUUAGCAGUUGGUCUGGUUUUAGAGAUUGGAGUUGACUUGGUCAAAAUAUUUGAGAAUAUGCGCAGAGUAUAACUGUCCUGCCAAGAUGAAUUAGGGAAUUUCUCAAAAAAAUUAAUUUUCGAAACCCUUUUCAGAUUAUUACUGUGCAGUAAAGAAAGGCUUAAUUUAUAAAUAUUUCCAUUGAUAAAUAUACGUUGUAGUUAUUAAUUUGAAAAUUAUUUUUCCUCAUAUCAUAGUUGCCUUAUAAGAAAUUCAACUCUACAAGCAGAUUUCACACGCAUAUUAAAAUAUUUAUGCCUAAUAUAUAUGGUUUAAGAUACCAAAUGGAUAUCUAUACCGUUUCAAAAGACGUCCUUUAAUAAUUCAAUUUUGGUUUCUUAUAAAUUCCAGCUUGCAAUAUUUUUAAACAUUUUCUUAAAAUUGCAUAAAUAAACAGUUUAUAGUUUCAUGUGUUAAUGUAGAGAAUUAUGCAGUUCUUUGAAAAAGGUGGAAUACAUUUUUCUGUAUUUAAUUAAUGAAUUGUUUAUUUAUUGUUAACGUAGAAACGCAUCGAGCAGUGUAUAGAUUUAGUCGAUUAGUGUAUUUUGAAGGAACUGAAAUUGUUUUCAUCAGUCAGA